AUGGAUAAUGGAGCAAGUAUGGAACAAGAUAGAAUAAGCGACUUGCCAGACGACAUCAUUCAUCAUAUUCUGUCCUUCCUUGACAUGACAUAUGCUGUCCGGACUUGUAUAUUGUCUCGUAGAUGGAAGGAUACUUGGACUUCAAUGUCGAAUAUCAAAUUAGAUUGUCGUAAGUUUAAACCUAAGCGUGAGUUUGUGGAGCAUAUGCUAACUCACCGCAAUGAUUAUAUGGAAGUUUCUGAGGUUGAGCUCAGAUUCGAUAGGCAAACCGAUCACGAGUGUGUUGAAAAGAUAAUGAACUAUGCAAACUUGCAUAAUGCUAGGAAAUUGACAAUGAGAUGCGUAAGCAGAAGAGAGUUCCCAUAUCUUUUUAUUAGUUCAGGCACUCUUAAAAAUUUCAUACUUGAGGAAGACCCUCGCUAUUCCAGGUAUCACAUGGAUUAUUUACGAGAAUUAGCAUGGGAUUUUCCGGCUUUAGAAACUCUGAGAUUACGCAAAACAAGGUUAGAUGAUCCCGAAACAAGAGUUUCAAUCUUCUCUCCAAGUGUGUCAACUUAA